AUGGACGUGGACUGGUUGGUGCUGGGCGACCCGGGCGCGCCAUCGGGGGAGGGCCACUGCGCGCCGGGCACCGUGACUAAGAGGAAGAAGUCCCGCGGCGCGGCCACUGAUGCUGGGGGCCCUCCUCCGCCCGAUCCGCACCCACAGCCGAGGAGGUCGAGGAACUACACGUACGCUGAGAAGACCUCGUCCAUCACACGCGGUGUCAGGUGCGGCCCGUGCAAGCAGAAUGACACCGACAGGGACCCAUGCAAUCCUGGUGUGACCAGGCUGUGGGGGAGUCACAAGUAUAACAGCAGCAAGCAAUGCCUCGUGACGGACGGGGAGACGUGCUACUAUUGCAUCAGGAUCCACCAGUCGAGGUUCAGCCACAUGUCACUGGGAAAAUGGAAGAAGGCGUUGCCGGAAUAUGACAAGAUGUACGAUCUUUUCAUCAGCUUCAUGCACUGGAUGAUCGCGCACAUCAUCUCAGUCUUCGAGUCAACGGGGGAUCGGGAUGCGGUAUACAAGAUCCCGUUCCCGACGGAAUGGGAGAUCACCGAGCAUGACAUUUUCUCGGUCGAGUGGGUCGCGCCGCCGGAGGAGUUCGUAGAGCACAAGGACUACAUAUUGACCAGCCCUGAGCCUGCCGAGGACAAGAUCACCUGGGGGCCUGGAGGUGUCAAGUUGGUGGCAGCGACGCCGCCGUUCACCCGUUGGAAGAAGGUCAAGAAGAUGAUCAAGCAGGCCGUGCGCAGCCGCGUUCACGUGGACGGCAGCGACGACAUCCAGAACAGCUCCGAGCGCGACGUCUUUGCCAGCUUGCAGCAGUCGAUCGCAGGCGCAGGCCUGCCGCCAGGCUCAUCAUCAUCUGCCGCUGGCGCGGCAGUGACCCCCUCCAAGCUCCCGGGCGCGAAGGCGGGCGACGCGGCUGGCUCGAGGCCGUCGCCGUCCAGCGGCGACUCGAGGCCGCCGGGAUCUGUCGGCGGCGGCUCGGGCGCACCCCGGGCGCCCCCCGCUGAGCCCAGGCGCGGCAGGGCAAGCGGGGCCAGCAGGGCUCCAGCCAAGUCAAGGGCCAAGGCCGCCCCCGAGGACGGAGAGCCCCGCAAGCGCGGACGGCCGAAUCGGGACUCGCUGUCGCUACUUCGGUUGCAGAUCAACGAUUUCCAGUCUUGCAAGCAGAACACGGCUGCGGCGUCCAAGUUCGCGGGCUCCGAGUGGAGGAACGUCUCGCGCAACAUGAGCAACUACAUGCAAGACGUCUCGGCCGACUCCGCGGUUGAGGAUGACAUGGAUAUCCUCGCAAACAUGAAACUCCUCUUGCGCAAAGCCACUGUCGUCAAGAAGGUGCUCGCCGAGGUGGCAACGAGCGGCCUGAUGGCGAGGAAGACCUACACGAUGUACAGGGACCAGAUCGAGUGGCUCAACUCCGGCGAGGUGGAGUGCGAUAACCCUUUUCCGCUGUUCUUCAUCCAUGCCAUGCGGUCCUUGGAGUUCGACGCGGCCACGCCAGAUGAGUUUUGGGCAAAGCUCUCCGGCUUGGGGGCGGAGGAGCAGGCGAAGUACGUGAAGGACUGCUUGAUGAGCCUGGUCUCGAAGCCGUCCGUGAAGGAGGGGGUCCUCGCACUGAAGAGCUUCGUUGCUGCUGGGGAGGCCGUCCGCUCCAAACUGGCCGCGGCGCUGUUGCUCGAUCUAGAGUACGUGGGCGCUGCGCAGGUUGCCGCGGAGUCGCCCGUGAAGUGGGCCACCGACAUCGCGGCCAAGAAGGCUACAUUAGAUGCCGCGAUGGAGGCAGAAAGGUCUGGUAAGUCAAUGCCGCUCGCUGCCUUCAAGACUCACCAGACAGGCCGGGACAUCCUCAGGUUGUGCAACGCUACUUUGGAUGCCAUGAAGAAGUUGGAGAAGGGCGAGAUAGCCGCCAAAGAGGCCGUGUGCAAGUUCGAGGCGUCUCUCGACCCGACAGAGCUAACGGACUUGAUUUCACGUGGGCUCGACGCCGAUCAUAGUCGCGCCGCCAUUUCUGAGAGUUGCCUGAGCAACGUCUUCAAGCGGGCGUUCGUGAACUUCAAGCAGCUGAUUGUGGACGAGUGGCCGCGCGACUCCGACGGCGCCCAGGGCCACGGGGACUUCUCCAUCGUGGUCAGGCGCCUCGGCUCGGCUGGCCCCGUGCACAAGGUGCAUGGGGGAAGCGCCGCGCCAGUCGCCUUCAUUGCCAUGUACGGGGAGAUGCGCUUGAUGGUGGACUCUCUCGUCAAGUAUUCCACUGCCUGCGGCCAGCAGGCCCUCGAGGAUAUCCCCCCGGCAGAGGGGCAGCACAUCCUGCGGCAGUUUAAUUCGUUCCAGGCAGGCGACGGCUGCGCGCUGGCGAAGUACGCGAACUCCAAUGGCAUGGAUGCCGAGUGGAAGGAGAUCGAGGCGAAGAUGUCGAAGGUCCACGCUGAGGAGGGCCUCGUAUCUCUUCGGGCGCUGUGUCUGAAGGGCGCCCAGCCGACGAUUGACGAGGCGAAGCUUGUCGUCGGCACUUCGCCCCACCACUCCGCCAGCGUCUUCCCGGAGAACAUGCAGCGUCUCCGCGACCACGUGAACUUCAACAGUAAGGGAGACCUUGCAAGUACCAUUGCGACCUUGAAAUCGAUCCCGAACCAGAGCGUCGCGGCGAAACAGCUGCUGUUCAUCGACUCUUGGGGCAAGGUCACGAAGGCAUUCGCCGCGUUGAAACUAUCCGUAUUGCAGCCUGAGCGCAAGGAUCGCGCCAUCGCCGCCGAGCGUGCCAAGUUCGCGACGACGUUCAGGAUGUAUGCAGAGGUUGUCCAGGGCGUGCUGGGCAGCCAUGAUGAUCAUGGCCCGCCGUUGUCAGAGCUGUUCACUGAUCGCGAGGGCGUGGCGGCCAUGCUGGACAGCAGCGUCGGCAUCAACGUGAAGUUCGACGCGGAGCGGGCCCCUGUGUUUCUGCAGGCCAUGAUCGAGGCCGCCCAAGCAAUCAUCGACGGUUGGGCGAAUGACGCCGAUGAGCUCGCCAAAGUUCUCGACGCCAUGGACAUCAGCGGCUGCGAGGUCGCGAAGCCAAACAUCCUGUCAGAGGGCCGCAAGGAGAUCCGCGAGCAGAUCCUGGGCGACGCGAACUACAAGCCAAGGACCAGAGGCCUGCAGAUUUUGCACUCGUGGCGGAGCCUGCUGAGGGGCAUCAGCCAAGACGGGCACGGCCAGGCCUUCCACGGCCAGGGGGCCCGCAUGAAGAUGUGGGGUGAUUCGAUUUCGGCCGCUGCCGAGCUUGCGGACUUGACGUUCGCCCUCUUCGAGAUCAUGAAGAAGAUCCCGUCCAUCGUCAACCACGUGCAGCGGAAUACUGCCGCAAGAGCACUGAAGACGGAGCUGACCACGCAGCGCAAGGGUUUCGUUAUGGGCAGCGACCUGUCGGGGGCGCUCGAGCAGCUGCUGAAGGGCCAGCUCCCUGUCGUCGACGGCGCCGUGAUGGCGGCGGCUGCG